CCAUUCCUCUUCCUUCCUCUUUUUAUGCCCUGAUUAUCUCCUCUUCCUCUUCCUCCUCCUCUUCUUUCUUUCUCAUGAUUUAUUUCUCAUUAAUUUCUCCCUUUUAUUUCAUCUGUCAUCUCUUCACCUCGUUUCUUUCCCUCACUCUCUCUCUCCCUCCCUCCCUUUGGCACUCUCUCCCUCCUUCCUCGAGUGACAGGCGUGGCACCCAACCUGGCCCUCUCAGUGCCUCGGUUGGCUCUUGUGAGUGAGUGCGCUGUCCUCAUUCUCUCAUGUCAUCCUCCUCCUCCUCGUCUUCUUCCUCUUCUGGUAGUAAUUCGUUUUUGUCACACUCUUCCUCUUACUCUUUUCCUUUUUUGUUUUAUUCAUUAUAGCCUUCCCUUCCUCCGCUUCCUCUUCCUCCUCCUCCUCCUCCUCCUCUUCCUCUUCCUCCUCUUCAGCAAGUAAACCGUUCUUGUCAAUAUCUUCCUCUUAGUCUUCAUUCUUUUCCGCUUUUGUUUCCUUCUCAUAUUCUUCUUUUCCUCUUCCUCUUCCUCCUUCUCCUCCUCUUCAGCUAGUAAACCGUUCUUGUUAAUAUCUUCCUCUUAGUCUUCAUUCUUUUUCCCUUUUGUUUCCUUCUCAUAUUCUUCUUUUCCUCCUCCUCCUCCUCCUCCUCCUUAUCCUCAACUUAGAACCCUCCAAUCAGUGCCAAGGAUUAAGGAGGAUUGGAUUCGAAUGCUCUAUAAGGUGUUGGAUUCCUUAACGCUGUAUUAAUGAGGAUCUGAAUACAAGGAUAAGAUUGGAGUGUUUAUAGUACCGGUGCAGCUGUUACCACCACCACCACCACCACCACUACCACCACCACCACCACCACCACCACCACCACCACCACGAUAGUUCUGAAGGGUGAUGGAGCGCGGCGGGCGGCGGACCAGGCUGGCGGGAGGCGGUGAGGGCGGCGCGCGGCCAUGACCGGGGACGGGACGGGCGGGGCGCCGCACGAGGCCGGCACGGGCGGCGGCGGCGGCACCCUGGGCGUCCGUUGGGGCGACGUCCCGCCGGACAAGGAGGAGCUGAUGGACACGCUGGACGACGACAAGGAGGAGGGCGGCGGGCGCGGCUCGGCGGGGCUGACGCGCCUGCACAGCCGCUCCAUGACCUCGCUGCCGCCGGAGCCCUUCAUGAUCAUGCGCUCCAAGGCGCUGAACCGCCGCGUGCAGCUGAACGUGGGCGGCGUGCGGCACGAGGUGCUGUGGCGCACGCUGGAGCGGCUGCCGCACACCCGCCUGGGCCGCUUGCGGGAGUGCAACACCCACGAGGCCAUCAUGGAGAUCUGCGACGACUACUCCCUCAUCGACAACGAAUACUUUUUUGACCGCCACCCGCGCUCCUUCUCCUCCAUCCUCAACUUCUACCGCACGGGCAAGCUCCACCUGGUGGAGGAGAUGUGCGUGCUGGCCUUCUCCGACGACCUCGAGUACUGGGGCAUCGACGAGCUGUACCUCGAGUCGUGCUGCCAACACAAGUACCACCAGCGGAAGGAGCACGUGCACGAGGAGAUGCGCAAGGAGGCGGAGUCCCUAAGGCAGCGCGAGGAGGAGGACUUCGGGGACGGCUGGUGCGCGCCCUACCAGAAGUUCCUGUGGGACCUGCUCGAGAAGCCGCAGACGUCCCUCGCCGCCCGGGUGCUGGCUGUGAUCUCCGUGAUCUUCAUCGUCAUGUCGACCCUCGCGCUCGUGCUCAACACGGUGCCCAGCUUUCAGGGCCCCGAGCAGGGCGACAAUGAGAAACUGGCCAUGGUGGAGGCCGUGUGCAUCACCUGGUUCACCCUCGAGUACGUCCUAAGGUUCGCCGCGAGCCCCAACAAGUGGAAAUUCUUUAAGGGGGCUAUGAACGUGAUAGACUUGCUGGCCAUCCUGCCCUACUUUGUCUCGCUGUUCCUCAUAGAGUCCAACAAACACACGGAUCAGUUCCAGGACGUGAGAAGAAUCGUUCAGAUCUUCAGAAUUAUGAGAAUUCUCAGAAUUCUAAAGUUAGCCCGACACUCGACGGGUCUGCAGAGCUUGGGCUUUACUCUGAAAAAUUCAUAUAAGGAGUUAGGUUUGUUGAUGUUGUUUUUAGCCAUGGGCGUGUUAAUCUUUUCGAGCCUCUGCUAUUUUGCGGAAAAAGACGAGAACCCUGUGUACAAAAGUAUCCCCGAAACUUUCUGGUGGGCGGGCAUCACCAUGACGACGGUGGGGUACGGCGACAUGUACCCCAUCACGCCCCUGGGCAAGGUGAUCGGCUCCGUGUGUUGCAUCUGUGGUGUGCUGGUCAUUGCGCUGCCCAUUCCCAUCAUCGUCAACAACUUCGCCGAGUUCUACAAGAACCAGAUGCGGCGGGAGAAGGCCCUCAAGCGGCGCGAGGCCCUGGAGCGCGCCAAGCGGGAGGGCUCCAUCGUCUCCUUCCACCACGUCAACCUCCGCGACGCCUUCGCCAAGUCCAUGGACCUCAUAGACGUCAUCGUGGACACAGGCCACAACAUGUCACAAGCAGAUGCGAACUCGGUAGCUGGGGAGUCGAUGCGAGCCGGACAGACGGGCACGGGAUGUUACAAGAACCACGAACACCACAUGGGGAGGCUGCAGAAGGAGGCGCAGCAAGGGGCCGGGGGUGAAACGGGGGUGAUUACAAGCGCCCCAGCCCCCAACAUCCUCGAUCUCCCCCCCACCGAGGAGCAGCGACCCCCAACCUCACCCGAGUACCAGACCCCGGAGUUGAAGAGAAAGCAACGCCACCUACUCGCUCUCGGUGACACUGUAAAUGAGGCCGACUGUUGUUUUUGCUCGACCAAGGAUGCGACGGAUCACGCUGAGGGCCCACCAGGCGGCAGCACGGAGCCUGAGUGCCCCGGUACCCGCUAUCUGGCCUCCGAUACCCCUCCCAGUGUGUUCAACAAGGACUACAAGGAGUUCAUAGACGCUGAAUGCCUGGUGCCGGCCCCGGUGACGGAGGCGCCCUUCCCCAUAGAGCUGCGGCCGCUAAAGACCACGGACGGGGGGCGGGGGGGCGGGGGGGCGGGUCACGACCUGGCCUCCAUGGACUCGACAGAUACCUUCGCCUCCUGCCCCACCCACCCCUUCAACUCCGAGGCGGACCUCACCGAGGACCAGCCUAACAACAAAGACUCCAACCUCUACGUCAACCCCCUCGACGCGGACGGCUACCAGGCCCCCGGCGCGGCGGCGGGCGCGGGCGCGGGCGCGACGGCGGCGACGGCGGCGGCGGCAGCGGCCCCGCCCCGCACGCCCACGCCGCGCUCCUCGCCGCGCCACCGCCUGCACCGGCCGCAGGGCUACACCGCCGACUCCUUCGACGACACGCGCAGCACCGACAACCUGCUGGGCAGCAGCCGCUCCUCGCUGCAGGACUCCCCGCUGCCCAAGCACCGCCGCGCGCGCUUCCAGGAGGAGAAGCCGAGACCGUUCAGCCGCCUUCUGGAGUCGGUGGAGAGAGCUCGGGCGGCGCGGGAAAGCUCGACCGGAGACAAGUGCACCAAGAUCAACAGCAGAGGUCGCAGCGGUAGCAAAUCAUCGCUAGGCGGAGACUCGCUGGACUCGAGGCGGUCCCUGGGGUCCCCGGAGCGGCGCAAGUCCAUCCUGAAGCACCGCGACCCCGAGACGGAACAGCUGCUGCCGGACUUCACCAUCGAGCCGCCCAGCCACGAGCCGGACAAGCACGGGCGGCCCACGCUCAAGGGCAUCGGGCCCCGCGCAGGAGGGAAGCCGCACGCCCUCCCGGUCAAGUUUGUGGGCGUGGACGAGGAGGAGGACAGCAACCGGCCGCGACGCAUCCUGCCCCGCUCGCCCAUGCCGCGAAGACACCCGCAGCGGGCGCCGCUCGCAGACCUGCUGGCGGACUUCGCGGGGCAGGAGAAAGCGGCGCGCGACGAGGCCACGCCGGAAAAUAUCUUAAAAGACUCACUCGAGACGAAUUUGGUCUCGCUAGCGGAGAGCCUUGACCAGCGUAACGCCAACACGGUGCUGCGCUGCUCCAAGGCGCCAUGCUUGUACAACCAGCCUGCCUCCACCUCGCCCAUGGCCCUGUCUCCUGGCGGGGAGGGCGUGUCGCUGCUCUGCCUGUGCGGCGCGCCCAUGACCCGCGUGCCCGCCCCCCCCGCCAUCAUCACGCCCACCUCCACCACCGCCGCGCGACCCAUCACGGAGAACUGUCUCCUCACCGACGACCUCAACAACGGCCCCGCGACCCUCGGCGACAUCGACGACCUGCUCUUCGUCGACCACACGCCCACGGAGGAGACCCGCCUGCUGGAACGAGCCCUCGGCCUCCCCAGGAACAACUCCGGCCUCAACAGCUAACCCGCUGUGUCACCUUCGUCCACCCGUCACCUUCUUGCGUCCCAGUGAGAGAACAAGCCAGCAUCACCUUCUCACCUUCACCUGACAGACAGAGAGACAGGAGAACGUAACAGACAGACAGGUAGAGAAAGAGAGACGGGAGGAAAGCAGACCUAUAUCUAUCUCCGUCUGUGUCUGUCUGUACCACACCGUCACCUUUAGACAGACAGAUAGACAGGAAGGAGUAACAGACAGAGAGGAAGAGAGAAGAGGAAAGAAAUCAUAUACCAACGUCCGUCUGUCUGUCUGUGUCUGUCUGUGUCUGUCUUUGCCACGCCUCUUCCGUCCCCGCAUCACCGACUGACACCUAACAGCCCCAGAGGAAGAAGAGGAGGAAGAGGAAGAGGAAGAGGAGGAGGAAGAGGAAGAGACGGUUACCUGCAGACUCACUCAACCUGUCUACGAAAUUGACACGCCGAGAGAGAGAGAGAGAGAGAGAGAGAGAGAGAGAGGUGAUGUCACUCAUAAAGAAAAUAUUCCCCGUACCGUCCCCUCUCCCGUUUUCUUUAAGGGGGAGUUCUAGUAGACGAAGUGAAAUAGAAAACGGAAGACGAGUUAAAAGAUGUCUGUUCUUAGAGUCGAAGGCAAAAAAGGAAAAAGGGAAAAAGGAGAAGAAAACGAAAGAAACAAGGAAGAAAAUGGAAAGAAAAUAAGGAAAAUGUGAAAUAAUUAUAGAGAGAAAACAAGAAAAAGUUGAAAAAAAAUGAUGCCCAAGGAAAAUGAAAAUAAUCUACUCUUCCUUAUGAAAAGAAGAAAAAAGAAAUUACUCUCGUGGAAAAUAAAACAGAAAAAAGAAAAAAAAA